AUGAUGGACGGACGUGUCCCCCUUGGUUCGGGGGCUCAGAACCGAGUAUUCAUUGAUUUGACUGAUGAGACCGAGCCAGUUGACUCCACGAUGACGGAGAAUAUGGUCCAGAACAAGCUGCCCUUUGUGACAGCGGUAGCAUAUCGGACACCAACGGUGCCGUUGAAAAGGAAAAGCUUAGAGAGAUCUGAAGAUGUCUCAGAUUCCUCUUUGAGUGAUGUGCACAGAGCUGUACAGCGUGUACGCCUGUCACACGCUCACCCUGCCCCAGCCCCAUAUACGCCAAGUCCACCACCAUCUAUCAAACAAUCUCAGAUCAGUGUUGUGAUUCCAUCACCAACUCCACAGCAAAAACGGGAGAUUGCAAUCGCGCAAACGCAAAAUGUGUCUAGCGGGAAUGUGAAUGGGAUGAGCCCUCAUUUCUUCCCAACAACUGGUGAAGAGGAGAGAGUUAACAAGGCCACAUACUCUACUACCAAGGCUCGUGUGAACCGACGUUCUAUCCCAUUAUCGUUUAAAUCAGGCUCACGUUCAAAUGUUCUCAACGUGCCAUCGCCCAUACAAUCAAAUCACCUCGGAAAGCUCCGUGACCUUCUUGACGAGAAGCUCAAACAAAUCAAAGGACCUAGAGUUAUUGCCACAGUCAAUUCUCCGCAGCGCCUAGCUAAAUUAGCAGAUAACUUUGAGUUCGUCAACAGUUAUCAGUACCGGGCAGGUGUUAAACGGAUUCCUGACGACUCUGAUUUUAAUAUCGGAUGUGCCUGUACUGAAACUGGCGGCUGCGAUCGCUUUGAAUGUGACUGCCUGAGCAAGGAGGAAGAUUCCGAAGAUCGAAUCGUCCCGUACGAGAUCUGUGAGAGCAACGCUAAGUUGAUUGUCGCAACAAAAAGCUUCCUUAAGCGCAAGGCGAUCAUUUAUGAAUGUAACUCCCGUUGUGGCUGCGGGGGGCAACGAUGUUGGAAUCACGUUGUCCAGAAAGGACGGACUGUGAGGCUUGAGAUCUUUGACACUGGAUCUCGGGGCUUCGGUCUUCGGUCCCCCGACUUGAUUCACCGUGGGCAGUUCAUUGAUCUUUACCUAGGUGAGGUGAUUUCGAAGGCCGAAGCGGAUGAACGCGAGAACCUCACCGACGGUUCACAUACGCAAUCAUACCUUUUCUCUCUGGACUGGUAUGUCAAGGACGACGACGAUGAAGAAAAAAAUAUGAAAGUCAUCGACGGCCGCAAGUUCGGUUCGGCAACUCGGUUUAUGAACCACUCUUGUAACCCUAACUGCAAGAUCAUCCCCGUUUGCACCACGAAUCAUGCCGACGAAUAUCUUUACAAUCUUGCAUUUUUUGCCAACCGCGAUAUCUCCCCUGGCACUGAGUUGACCUUCGAUUAUAAUCAGGGCGAGGAGAACACAACUCCUCAGAAGAUCGACCCCGAGGCUGUCCAGUGCCUAUGUGGUGAAACCAAGUGCCGUGGUCAGUUGUGGCCAAACAAGCGCAAGGGCCAGGGAUCUAAGCCCUAA